CUUAGUUGGCAACGCUGAAACUGUGCUAAAAGAACGCAUGAAAGAGGAUAGAGAACUAGAAACUGCUGUCAGUAUCCGCAAUUAAUCCAGAAAUACUGAAGAAAAACUGAGGCAUUUCAACAUUUACUUGCGAUCAAUACUGAAAAAAUGCCAAAACCAAGCGGUAAUCCACGUUGCAAGUGCUGCGAUGAAGUUAUGGAGGAGCUUUUGAACAUGCGCCAAACUUUCGAAAAAUUAUUUCAUCGUUUAAACAAGGAAAUUGUUGACUUGAGGCGCGAGGUUACCGAAGGUAUGGGGCAAAUGUCCUCUGACAAAGCUUUGAAAAGGGAAAGCAGCUGCAGUCCAAGCGCACCUUCUCCACUACCCACUAAAUUUAAGCAAUACAACGACAGCGACAGUGAAACCGAAUGCAUCAGUCUGAAGAAGGAUAAAAAGGCUUCGACUUCCAAAAAAUCGGUCGAUGCUAAUAAGGAUGAUUCCAAAGAUCCGGUUGAUAUAAAAAAUGUCGCAAACGUUAGUCGGCCUGUCUUGGACUUUUAUAGUAUUCAAGCUCGUGUUAUGCCUACACAGCCAUUCAAGACUGCACAACAGUUCGAAGAUUGGAAUACCAUCUUCACACACGACGAAGAUCAGUGCGAUCAAUUGAGAGUUGAACUUCUACAAGGACACUUUGAUGAACCAGAUAAAUAUAUAAAACAUAUAUGGCGUAGCGUUUUUAAAAAUGACGCUGCUGAAAAUUAUUCGUACAGGGGAAAUGGUCGUUGCAAAAAACGUGCUAUUAAAAAUUACAUAUUUACAGACAUUUUCCGAGAAUGUUUUCUGCAACGUUUCCAUCAUAUGGACGCUACCUUUUUCAUGGAACGUACAAUGCGCUUCUUCAACUAUGUACAUGAUCAAUGGAGAAAGAAAAUGCGCAAUCAGCGAGGAGGUAAUGCAAAAUCAAAAAAUGAAGAACCUAUUGAUAACGAUAUGGCGACACAAGAUGAACAAAGUUUCAAUGGCUAUGAAGGCUCAAUGUUUGAGUAAAAAAAAAACUGCAUACAUACUUAUUUUUAUUAUGUAUGAUGUUUCAACACACAUACGCCCAAAUUCAUAAAAAAUAAAGGAUACUUUAAUUGCUCUAUAAGUCGAAAAUUUGCUUGAAAAUGUCACUUUAUAUAUAUUUUAUUUUUUAUGAAUAAGGCCAAU